UCCAUCAUCAACCAUUUCAUCUGUCAGACCCUGACUGUGGUGACAUCAGCCUGUGCCGACAUCUCCAUCAAUGUCAUCAGCAUGGGGGUGGCCAAUGUGAUCUUCCUGGGGGUCCCAGUUCUGUUCAUCUUUGUCUCCUACAUCUUCAUCCUCUCCACCAUCCUGAGGAUCCCCUCUGCUGAGGGGAGGAAGAAGGCCUUCUCCACCUGCUCUGCCCACCUCACCGUGGUGAUUAUCUUCUAUGGGGCCAUCCUCUUCAUGUACGGGAAGCCCAAAUCCAAGGACCCACUGGGGGCAGACAAGCAGGACCUUGCAGACAAGCUCAUCUCCCUCUUCUAUGGGGUGGUGACCCCCAUGUUGAACCUCAGAACUACAGUGAGGGCCUUCAUAUUCAGGGAGUAUUUCUCCCAGUGA